AGUGGGAAUCCUCCUUUCAAAAAAAGCUGCCAACGUCCCCCUGAGAGUGCGUGUGGGCCAGUUUCUGCUUUCACGACGACUUAAGAGACGAGAACAGAGGACCGAGUUAUGCUCUCCAUAAGCGCGACGCGCGUUUACUUUCGUUGAAGGACGUUUCUGAUCGUUAUCUGCGCUGAAGUUUGAGACACGUUCCAGACACAGAAAGCAGCAGCGAGUCGUGCAGGUGGUAGAGACCACACGUUGACCGACCGCAUCAACCACUCAACAUCCACACCGUCUCGUUUCACCUGAGCACGAGCAGGAAGAUCAACAUGUCCGUGGAGAGUUACUCGGCGCUGGAUGAGUCCUCUCUCCGAGCCUUGCUGGAUGGAACUGUGGAUCUGGACGAGAGGCGCCUCAUCCGUUCAGCCAUCCGGGAGUUGAGGAGCAGAGAGAUCGAGGACAUGGAGGCCGCUCUGGCCAGCAAGAGAUUUCGGCCCACACGCCUCAAACAGCAGGAGGACAAGGAGAACCAGCACAGGUCUGAAUACAAUGACAACUUGGACGUCCUGUCACGAGAACUGCAAUCAAUCCAGGACAUCGAUGAGCUCACGAAAAUGCUCCGUGCCGCCGGCGAGUACGAGGAGAGGAAGAUGAUCAGAGCAGCCAUCCGACAAGUCCGAGAUGAACAGCAGCAGCAAGGGACUGUGGAGCGGGGUAAAGCUCCGGGUCGCUGCCUUGAACCUGAGAGUGUGGAGCCCCAGAGCAGCAUGGGAACUGAGGAGACAGAGCGGGGGAGUCACAGUGAGCAUAUCAGAUCUCAGAUCCUGGAGUUACGCGGCCAGCAGACACAACAAAGCAGAGAGCUGCAGAGAAAAGACUCCAACUCAGGCAUGGUGUUGGUUCUUGAUCACCUGGUGAAGGACGAUGGCCCCGGACCUCUGCUGAUCCAGCCUCAGAGAGAGGCUGUGACCACAGAGCCCGACCUGGCCCUGUCUCAUCUCCAAAGUUCCGACUCCUGGGCUUCAGACCACGAUGUAACCUCUGUGCUUUCCAGGUCCAAUCUGGAUUCUGUGGCCUCAGAGAAGAGUCUGGACUCAGCCUACAGAGCUCGGCUGGACUCUGGAGCUUCAGACAGGAGCCAGAGUCCCUUGCAGCGUGGUCGCCUAGAUUCUGGGGCAUCAGAGCAAAGCAUCGGCUCCCUGUCAUACGUCAGACAGAGACUGGGCUCAGAUGUCUCCGACUCCGGGGCUAGACCCCGUUUGGGCUCUGGGGCUUCAGACAGCGUUGGUCUUUUGCCACGGAAACGGACUGACUCAGGGACAUCUGAACAGAGUGUGAGUAUGUCCUCUGAGGAAAAGGGUCCAAUGGAGGAGGUGGAGGAAGCCACAAGUGGUUCAACUUGCAGCACAGAUUCGGAAACUGAGAGCGGAAGACAAGGUUCAGCCAGCCCCCAUGCUCAGUCCGACCAGGACCGCAUCAUUGACCAGGAGCAGCCUGAUGGGGCUGUUCUAUCCAGGAGAGAUCCUGCAAAUGGCCUGCUCAACGGCAGCGCCAAGGGACAAAACGACUUCCAGAAGCAGAAGAUGACAAACAGCGAUCUGCCCCUCACUCAUGGCAAAGCAAAGGAUUUUGCAUCUGAGAAGAAAGAUGUUGUGGAACAUUUCAACCGCACCAACUCUGUACGUGAUCGCAUGCGCAAGUUUGCUGAGCCCAGCCAGAGCCCAAAUGUCCCGGCUUUGAAGAAGGCCGCUCUGAGGAACGGGACAACCUCCGGCAGCAGCGGCCAGACGAAUCUCUCCAGAGCCACCGAGCUGUUUACACAUACAGCAGCAUCCCUCGGCACAUCUGGAGACAGGCCAGCAAGGCCACGUGUGGACUCCACAUCUCGCACCUCUGCCGCAUCCCAGAGUCAGGACAUACCUCAGCCAAGAGGUGUGGCCAACAAACCUCUGUCUUCAGCUAGCCAAUGGCAGAGCUCCAUGGGUGGGACGAGGCAUCCAGCUGAAAAAGAUGUGCAUGCCUCCAGUAACUCAAAGGAAGACGAGACCCCAGGGAGAGCAGCUGGACACCAGGUCACCCAGGGAGAGGCAGACCCGGACAUGAAGACCUUCCUCACAAUCGAGAUCAAGGAUGGGCGCACCACCCCCUCCUCCACGCCCUCCUCUAGGAGCAACAUCGUGCCCAUCACCAACAUGACCCCACGCAUCACCACUAAUUCUCUGGGACAGAGAGCAGACUUGACCCUUGGCCUCAGAGCUACUCCAUUCAAGAUUUCCUCAUCCAGCCUCUUCUCCGGAUCCUCCAUCAAGGUGGAGACGGAGCCCGUCGUGGCCUCUGAGCCGGUGUUUUCAGCCGGACCGUCCGCGCAGGUGGCGUGUCACAUCCCGAUUAUCUCCAACGGCUCCAGCACUCAGGCCAAACCCGACGAGCGCGCCGGAAAACUGACUGCAGAACAGCUGGCUGCUAUCGAGGACGAAGAGCUCCUUGACAAAAUGCUCGAUGAGUCAAAAGACUUUGAGGAGAGGAAGAUGAUCCGUGCAGCCAUGAGAGACCUUCGUAAGAGAAAGAGAGGUAACAGAACAAAGCAACACAAUCUCUUCUCUGUUACUUCAACCACAUCAACCUUUUUGCUCCAAUUAUUUUGUCGUGACCGUUGCUUUCUUUCAAAUCACCAAAGGUUGACACACUGCCUCAUUAUACACAAGCCUGGUGAUUUCUUUUAUUUACCUACAAUUUCUGUAUCUAUUCUGCACUCAGAGGCGAUGCUGGGAUGUACUCAAGAGGAACUAGACCAGAGAGAAAAGGAGCGCGAGACCCGUCUGCAGGAGCUCCGGCAGCAGAGAGAAGAGCGAGCGCAGAAAGGCCGCGCUGGGGUCGGAGCAGGAGAGGUGGUGAUGCGGAAGGUGGAGAAGUCGGCGGAUGGCUCCAGCCUCAGCCAAGUCACCAAGACAGACCGCUUCGCUUCAUCAGAUGAUGGGAGCAAAUCAACACGCAGCACUGUCGUUGAGGCCAGUUAUGUGCAGAAAACAGACAGAGGGACAGUCCAGUCAAAAUCGUACAGCUACAGCUCUUCCACAUCAUCAUCCUCCUCCAACACAAGCAAAAAAGUGGGCAGUGUGUUUGAUCGCGAGGAUGACACAUCGUCUCGCGGCGGCAGCGGCGGGUUGGCCGCAGUGGAGCGAAGGCAGGCGGAGAAGCGAAAGGAGCUGAUGAGGGCUCAGACUCUGCCGAAGACCUCUGCCAUGCAGGCCCGCAAAGCCAUGAUAGAGAAGCUGGAGAAGGAGGGAGGCGGCCCUGGAAAUCAGGCGGUCGCCAAGGUAAACAAGGUCCAGCGUUCCACCAGCUUUGGUGUACCCAACGCAAACUCCAUCAAGCAGAUGCUGCUCGACUGGUGCCGUGCCAAGACCCGCUCGUACGAGCAUGUGGAUAUUCAGAAUUUCUCAUCCAGCUGGAGUAACGGCAUGGCAUUUUGUGCCCUGGUGCACAAUUUUUUCCCCGAAUCCUUCGACUACGACUCCAUGAGCCCCAGCAACCGCAGGCAAAACUUUGAGGUGGCCUUCAGCACUGCAGAGACCUACGCCAACUGCAUGCCUUUACUGGAAGUGGAGGACAUGAUGAUCAUGGGUAAUAAACCCGACUCCAAAUGCGUCUUCACCUACGUGCAGUCUCUGGUCAACCACCUGCGCAGAUAUGAGAUGUCCAUGGGUCGGCCCUGUGACCUUCUGACCUGUGCCCAGUGAGUGUGAUGCCAAGACGUGGCGUCACCCGGCCCCUCCCCCUUCCUUCACAGGCCCCGAAGCCCCCCCCCCAGCUCCAUCUUUACCUGAUGACCGCCUCCACUCUGACAGGCUGCGUCACAGAGUUGCUCAUCUCUGAUGGACAAGAUGGGGAUUGUGUGUGUGUGUGUCAGUGUGUCAGUGUGUCAUUUUGCUUCUGAUCUUUGUUGACAGUGGUGAUGUGUAUUCAUUAUUUCAUUAACAUAAAAUCCACCUCUCUCCAGCACGAGAGCGCCAAAGUUUUUAUAAGACUACCUAUUUAAAAUUUUACAUUGUUUUUGUAUUUAGCUUUGUACAAGGUAAUAUUUAACAUGCAGUAGUCGUGUCACUACGCUAGUGUACUAAAAAAACACUGCAAGAGAGAAAAGAGAAAUAUUUUUAGAGUAUUUCCCCUUUGAACUUAUUUAUACCUGCAUUUUCCCUGCUACACGUUUGUACUUUACCGUCAUUGCUGUUGGUAAUUCCACAGAAGAGGAAACGUAUACCCAACCAAAUGCUGCAGUAUUUGGUUUUCAUUUCGGUACUUUUGAACUUUUACCAAAUUUUGGCUGCUUGAAGUAUUUGAAUUAAGUUAUUACUAUUCUCAUGUUGAUGUAAAGAAUUUUCAUAUCACUAUUUAAUACAUGAUCAUAGAGAUGUUCUUUCUUCAUUGUUCAAUUGUUUUGAAUAAGCUCACCUUUCUUGCAGUCAAACACGCUCUUCAUUCAGGCAGAAAGAAAACAAGAGUGGGUUGUAGCCUGACAUCAUAUAGCUGACUUUUAUCAUUACGUGAUGCUUCUUAGUGCUUGACUGACGGCAUAUGUGCAAAAGAAAAGUGUGUACAGCAGUGCUGCCAUCAUCCAGCAGCACCGCUGACAAGCCCUGCCCAACACACUAACACACAGCUCUUUUAGAGGCCUCUUCAUUUAUGCCAGUAGAUUAUUUUUGAAAUAUCAUAUUUUUUAUUUUGUUAGUGUGUACCUUUUUGCUUUUAAAGGUUUUCUUUAAAGUGUGUGAAUAAGCUCAAGAUAUCACCUUGUUUUGUGAAACUAAUUAUGGUCACUUUUUGGACAAGUUAAAGGGCCUGAUGAAAGCCGGCUUUCUGUUUCUACGUGAGUAAUCAUGACUGAACAUAACUGCCAAUUGUAUAUUUUACAACAUGAAGCUAAUGAAAAUUUUGAAAUUGCGAUUUUUAUUCCGCUUGUAAGAUUAAGAUUCCUCUGAGAAGAUGUUGAAAAUCUGACGGUUUCAGAGCUGAAUGAGCGGGAUGAAACUUAUUUCGUUAAGCUCUGUUUAAGUAGAUUUAGAGAAAUUAUUUGAGGAUUAUUCCAACGCUGCCAACUGAAAAAAAACAUACCUUCCACAGAGCAGUGAGUGCUGUAAAUAAGAGCUUAAACACAUUAUAAUUUCAUGUUUCUGUGCACCACAGUUAAAUGUGAAUUGAAAUUAAACCAAUUUGUGAAAUGAA